AUGGCUUCCCUCAUGGUUAUCAGAGACAAAAGGCCAGAAGCAAAGAGAGAGAAACCCAAGACAAGGCAGAGGAGGACCAUGAAGAGCCCUUUUUGCAUGCCAAGGCUGAGAGGCAAUACUUGCACAAGAAAAAGCAACCGGUUAUCGCCCAUGUCGUUGAUCGAUCGCCUCCGUGAGGCGGUGUUCCGGUUGAUCAUGCUAUCUGCUCUCUCCAAGGCUACACAUGAGAGCAGAUCGUCUAAUUCACAGAGGCCUUAUUGCUCCCAUGACCCUUAUAGCAGUGAAGCAGUUGCUGACUGCAUAGAGUUUAUUAAGAAGUCGGCAACAACGGAUGAGAACCGAGACUCCACUGCUAGUAGCUCCAUUGAUGUUGCCACUGGGGUGGCCAUACCCGUGCCAGCUAUGUGA